CCCCCCCAAUGGGCCUUCGUUUCAUCUUCUCCGGUUUCCCAUCGCCUUCCACUCCCAUGAAAGGCAAUUUCCGGUGAUGAUGAGAUUGGCGGCGGCUGCCACGUCCACCAUCAAGCCGCCACAUCCCCUUUCAUUUCUGUCAGGUAAACCAUUGUCAUUUUCGAUUGCUUCGUCACCUAUUCUCGAGGACCCUGCUACUCCCAAGGAGCUCUAUUCUCAGCUCCUCUCUCUCCUGUCCCUCCCGAAUUGGCAACAAAGCCAUUCUCUCAAGAGACUAUUACCUUCUCUGUCCCCUUCUCAUAUCUCCUCUUUUAUCUCUAGAAACCAGUCUCUCGAUCCACGUACUGCUGUUUCCUUCUUCGACUAUCUCUCUCGUGUCCCUUCAUUCAAGCUUGAUGUGCAGUGCUAUUUGUCACUCCUUCACAUUCUCAUACCCCGUAAGCUGUUUCCCGCCGCCGAUCGAAUACGCCUUUUGAUGAUUAAAUCCUGCCAAAGCCCGGAUGAAGCGAAAUAUGCCGUUAGUUUGUUUCUGGGUAUGCAUAAUAUCGAUGAUCAUGAUGAUGGUGGCGGCAGUAGUCUAAAAUUCAAAUUUAAGCUCAAUGUUAGGUCUUGUAACACGAUGUUGAUGUCUUUGUCGAGGUUUCUGCUGAUUGAGGAUAUGAAAUGCUUGUAUCUGGAGAUGUUGAGGGUUAAGAUUUCACCUAACAUAUACACUUUUAAUACUAUGAUAAACGGGUACUGCAAACUGGGCAAUGUGACUGAAGCUGAGAUGUACAUGAGUAAGAUCUGUCAAGCUGGAUUGAGUCCAGAUGCUCACACAUACACUUCGUUCAUCUUAGGUUAUUGCAGGAAAAUGGAUAUAAGCAGUGCACGUAAGGUAUUCGAGGAAAUGCCUCAGAAGAGUUGUCCAAGGAGCCAUGUUACCUAUAACAUUUUGAUGCAUGGGUUGUGUGAAGCAGGAAAGGUAGAUGAUGCUUUGAAGCUGUUUUCCCAAAUGGGGGUUGAUCAUUGUUGUCCAAAUGUCCGGAGCUAUACAAUUUUGAUUGAUGCAUUGUGUGAAUUGAAUAGGGAAGUGGAGGCGCUGAAUCUGUUUGAUGAGAUGGUGGAGAAAGGUUGCCAACCAAAUGUCCACACUUACACUGUUCUCAUUAAUGGUAUGUGUAAAGGAAAGAAGCUUGUUGAAGCAAGAGGGUUAUUAGAUGAGAUGGGGAAAAGGGGUCAAGCUCCUAAUGUGGUAACUUACAAUGCUUUGAUUGAUGGGUACUGUAAAGUGCAAAAUGUUGAUUCUGCAAUGGAGAUAUUCAACUUGAUGGUGUUAAAUAAGUGUAUGCCAAAUGUGCGCACGUAUAAUGAGUUGAUAUCUGGAUUUUGUCUGGUGAAAAAGGUGCACAAAGCAAUGGGGCUACUUGAUAAAAUGCUUGAACAGAAGCUCUCUCCAUCUGUUGUCACAUACAAUCUGUUGGUCCAUGGACAAUGUAGUGAGGGCCACAUAGAUAGCGCUCUCAGAUUGCUUACGUUGAUGGGUGAGAGUGAUGUGGCUCCAAAUGAGCAGACCUAUGGUCCUGUGAUCAAUGCAUUAUGUGAAAAAGGCUGUGUUAAACAUGCUCGUUCCAUAUUUGACUCCUUGAAGGAUAAGGGUGUAGAAGCAAAUGAUGUGAUAUACACCUCUUUAAUUAAUGGUUAUUGUAGAGUAGAAAAUCUUGAUGUUGCCCUAACUUUGUUCAAAAGGAUGAUUGAUGAGCAAUUCAUUCCAAAUUCAAGCACCUAUAAUGUAAUACUUGGUGCUUUAUGCCAAAAAAAUAAGCUCCAGGAAGCCACUAAGUUGUUGGAAAGUAUGGAAAAAAGAGGAGUCAAACCCACUGUAGUUACAUACAGUAUUUUGAUUGAGAAAAUGCUAAAAGAUAAUGAUUUUUGCGGUGCUUAUAGGGUUCUUGAUUUAAUGGUGUCCUUGGGAUCUAAACCUGAUGUCUGCACUUACACUUCAUUUCUUGUGGCAUAUUGCAACCAAGGGAAGUUGGAAGAAGCUGAAAAAUUGAUGGCGAAAAUGAUAAAGGACGGGGUAACGCCAGAUUUGAUGACGUGUACAGCAUUAAUGGAUGGGUAUGGACGUUUGAGAUUACUAGAUCACUCCUUUCGAACUUUUAAAUCUAUGGUUGGUGCUGGAUGUAAACCUUCUCUGUAUACCUACUCAGUUUUAAUCAAGCAUUUGUUACAUGAAAAUCGAAUAGCAAAAUGUUUCAAUAGGUUUGAUGUUGGAUCUAUAAACAUUGCGGAUGUGUGGAAAAUAACGGAUUUUGUAACUGUUGUCGAAUUGUUUGAAAAAAUGGUGAAACAUGGCUGCCCUCCUGACACAAAUGCGUAUAGUACACUGAUUUAUGGACUUUGUAGAGAAGGACGCUUUGAAGAAGCUAUGAUGCUUGUUGAUCAUAUGAAAGAUUGCGGAAUGUCUCCUGAUGAAGAUAUCUAUAACACACUGAUAAGAUGUUGCUGCAAGUUAAAAAGGUAUGAUGAUGCAGCAAAUUUGGUUGAUACAAUGGUUAUGCAUGGUUAUUUACCACAUUUUGAGGCCUACAAAUUCCUUGUAUGUGGACUCUAUGAAGAAGGACGUAAGGGAAGGGCUGAGGAAGCUUUCUUAAAGCUCCUUAACUGUGGUUAUAAUAAUGAUGAAGUUGCAUGGAAACUGUUAAUUGAUGGCUUACUUAAGAGAGGGCUUUCUGAUAGAUGCUCCGAGGGUUUGGGUAUCAUGGAAAAAAACGGUAACCUGAUUCAUCCUCAAACAUAUACUAUGCUGAUAGAAGGACUUAUUCAAACAGAAGGGCGUGCAGAAGAAUAGUAAUGUGCUCAAUUGAGAAUCUAUGGAGCACCUUCAUGCAUUGAUUCUUACUUCUGCAAUGAUUUGUAUGCAGUUUCCAUGCAAAUUAAGUAAGCCGUCAAUUAACAGUUUCCAUGCAACUUCAGAGAGGGCUUUCUGAUAGAUGCUCCAGCCGUCAGUCAUUAUUAAUGUACUAGAAACAUCAUUUGCUUCAGAUAACAGUGGGGUGCUGGUUUUAAUAGUCAAGGAGCUGGUUCAUGCUAUGCAAUACUUGUUGGAUAUUGAUUAUGAACCCAAUGAAGAUAAUCUUGAAAGGUUAUGGGGAACAGUGAUAUCGUUUACAACAUUUAGCUACUCUUUGGUGGGUGUGCCUGAUCAGGAUAAGUUAUCCGUGGAGAUACAAAAUCUGGGAUGUAAAGUGGUUCACCUCUAUAGCGAACUGAGACAGGUGAAUACACCCAUCUUUUCACUAUGCAAAGCAGCUAGAAGCUCAGUAAUACUUCCAGAAAGAAGCACUCAACCAUAUAAGGCUUCAUUUAAUAAUGCAUUUACUUGUCCAUAUGCUGCCCCGAGUUCAGACUUUCUAUUAGUAGUGCCAUCAAGUCCAUAACAGAGGGACAAGCUAGUGGAUGCAUCCGGCAGUUAAUAGCUGAUUUUUUAGAAUCAUUGGAGUGGAUGAAAACUACACCUAUGCUUUCUGCUGAAACUGACCAAAUAAAACAAGCUAUAAGAGAAUCCUGUGGGACAGCUCUUAAGGAGAAACAUUUACUUGACAUGUCACACAUGGAAGGUUUUGUAGAUGAAAAGAACAAAUAUUUUUCAAAGCAACUUGCUGCUUUAAAUGGUGUGUUCAGGAAAGCAGCAGAGGAUGACACCCCAGAUGAUCUUGUCCAUAUGCUGCCCCGAGUUCAGACUUUCGAUUAGUAGUGCCAUGAAGUCCAUAACAGAGGGACAAGCUAGUGGAUGCAUCCGGCAGUUAAUAGCUGAUUUUUUAGAAUCAUUGGAGUGGAUGAAAACUAUACCUAUGCUUCCUGCUGAAACUGACCAAAUAAAACAAGCUAUAAAGAAUCCUGUGAGACAGCUCUUAAGGAGAAACAUUUACUUGACAUGUCACACAUGGAAGGUUUUGUAGAUGAAAAGAACAAAUAUUUUUCUAUAGUUGUUCUUGAAGACUCUUGGUUAGUAUAUAGAGAGGUUCUAUAAUUCUAUUAAUUGAUUACACCAUUGAGGUUCUAUUUAGGAGUUAGUUUCUGCGUCCCCAGCAUGGCCAAAUACUAAAAUUCCUCCUAGCAGCAGCCCGAUUCUGCUAUGGGCGAGUAGUUCUUUAUUUUCAUGUAGCUUUCAUUUUUUUUUCUGUUCCCAACCACACCUUAUAAGACAAUUAACUAAAGUGGGAUAUGCAACAUUUUCAGGUGCCCGAUUACUUAUGUUGUAAGAUAACACUUGACAUUUUACGUGACCCUGUGGUCCCUGUGAUUACUCCAUGUGGGAUCACGUAUGAGCGGUCAAAGAUCCUUGAACAUUUGGAGAAGGUGGGGGGAUUUGAUCUGAUGACUUCAAGAUCCCUAUCUGCAUCUCAGUUGGCUCCAAAUUUGGCCAUUAAAGAAGCAGUGCAGGCAUUUUUGGAUAAAAGUGGCUGGGCUUACCAGAUAGAUAACUAUAGUUAACAUUUUGGUGCAUGGUAGAUUCACAUAUCAUUAUGUCAUUCAUACAGUUUUGUUCAGUGUAUAUGUUUGGGCUCUUGUCUGUACAGUGAUUACUGAUUAUGAUGAUGAUAUUUAUGUACAACAUAUACUGCACACUUUUCUUUUUUUGCAUACAGACCAGUAGUUGAGAGAGCUGAAUGUAUGCGAGGGCAUUUGGUGUGCUAAAAAUGGGCUCAGAGGCACAUGACA